AUGAUUACAAGUGCCAAGAGACAUGCCCUUUUCUUGACACGUUUGGAAGCUGUUGCUUCUAACCUUCCUACAGCAGUACCUGCCGUGAGGGCUGUGACUUGUGGAUUCAGAGGCCAUAUUGUGGAUCUGGCCAUUAACUGCUAUGGCCGUCAUGUACUGUAG